UUCCAAGAAUAGUAUGAAUAUAGAUAAUUUACUAGAUAAUGAUAAAUCUCCACCUACAAGAUAUCAGGUAAAGCGAAUAAUAAAGGAAAAUAGUGAUGAAUUUUCUAUUAUCAACAGUUUCACAAUGUAUCACCGAGCACUUCGCGUUAUAGCAUAUGUUUAUCGUUUUUGCAAUUUAGCCUCCAAAAAGGUUGCCAAUUGUGCAGAAACUUUAACGCAGAACGAGCUCAACAAUUCUAAGGCUGUUUUAAUUCGGUUGACACAAAGGGCGUAUUACGCUGAGGAAUAUGAAGAUUUGUCUAAAUCCAUAGCUAUUUCGAAAAAAAGCUCAUUAAUAACCUUGAAUCCAUUUUUAGAUUCUAACGGUCUUCUCAGAGUUAACGGCCGCUUAGUUAAUUCAUCGAUGAGCUAUGACGAAAGGUUUCCCAUAAUCAUUCCAUACAAAUCGAAUUUAUGUGAAAUGAUUUUGGAAUUUAUUCAUAAAAAUUUGAUGCAUGCAGAUGUUUCAUUAAUGAUCAGCAUGGUUCGAUACCAAUUCUACAUCCCAGCUCUGAGGAAAGCAAUUAAAAAAUGUAUAAAUAAAUGUUUAAUUUGUGUUCGUUACAAGCAAAGAGUAUUAUCUCAGAUUAUGGCUGCCUUACCAGCAGAGAGAACUACGUUUUCUUUACCAUUCACAUUUACAGGUGUAGACUUCGCCGGUCCAUUUCAGAUAAAGGCUGGACAUCUGAGAAACUCUCCUUAUAUGAAAGGCUACGCCUGCAUAUUUGUCUGCUUUGCUACUCGGGCUAUACACCUAGAGCCAUGUUCUAACCUUUCAUCCGAAGCCUUUCUUGCUACCUUUGAUAGGUUUGUCGGAAGGCGAGGUUUGCCGAGACGUCUGAUGUCUGACAAUGGUACGAAUUUCGUAGGCGCAAGUAAAACCUUGCUUGCUGAAUAUGCAAUGUUUUUAAAGCAAUCCUCAAAGGACAUAUCUGAAAAAUAUGCUAUCCACGGCUUCGAGUGGAAAUUCAUACCCCCUAGUGCACCGCACAUGGGAGGCCUGUGGGAAGCUGGAGUAAAAAGCUUCAAGCUUCACUUUAGGAAAGUUGUAGGGAACCAAAAGUUUAAUUUUGAGGAAUUCUCUACUCUUUUAGUUAGGAUUGAAGGCGUUCUCAACUCUCGUCCGUUAUCUCCAAUGACAGAGGAUCCCGGGGACUUAGCAGUUUUAACGCCCGGACACUUUCUACGAGGUUCACCAAUAAUGGUUCCACCAGAAAUGCCAAUAGAGGAUUUGAAUAUGUCUCUCCUCAAUCGAUGGGAAAAACUGAAGGCUCUUCAUCAUCGAUUUUCUCAGAGAUGGAAAACAGAAUACCUGCAAGAGCUACAUAAACGCUACAAAUGGCGUUAUCCAAAAAGGAGUUGGUUGUAGGCGAUUUCGUGAUCAUAAAA